AUGAUUAUCAGACUUAAAGGAGAACAGAAGGUAUUCGAGGAUCUUCUAAACAAAAUGCUUCAAUUCAAUCCUGCAUUGAGAAUAGAUGCCUAUUAAGUGCUCUAUGAACUUUGCAAGCUUAGCAAUUAACCAUUAGACAAGCAUUUAGAAAUAGAAGAAGCAAAGUAAGACCGACAAAGUUCCGCUAAUUAUGAUUGCAUAGAUGCUUUUGCUUUGACAAUUAAAUCAACUAAUGCAGUAAUCAAUGAAAUUAUUUCCAAACUAGGAGAGUUCAACUAUGGAGCUAUUGACUAGAUUCAACCAAAUAAAAACAGAAUCUUAAUGCCACUUGCUAUUUGUGUAGAUGAUGGUAUAUAUCAAGGUGAAUAUGAUAAUGUCAACAAAUAAAGAGAUGGGAGAGCUACAUAGGUGAGUGGAAAGAUGAUUAAUUGCAUGGUUAUGGAAAAUACUGUUGGAAAACUGGAAGUAUUUAUGAAGGAUAAUGCUUAAAUAACAAGAAAGAAGGAUUCGGAUUGUUUAAGUUAAUCAAUGGUGAUUAAUACUUUGGAUAAUGGGUGA